AUCAUGUAAAAUAGUUUGAAGUGUUUCAGUAAUCAUGGAGAAGGGUAACAUCGCUUCCGAUUUCGCACGGAAAGCCUUUGCUUCAGCCAAAAACUACGAGGAUGUUCGAUCGGAGUAUCCUGAAGAAGCGGUGAAGUACUUUUUAGACAAACUUGGUGUAAAAGAUGAUAACAGUAGAGUCAGUUCGACGGAAGCUCGCCCCUUCACAAUCUUGGAAGUAGGUUGUGGAACGGGGAAAUUCACUCGAGUGAUGGCAAAAGUGUUAACCGAUAAGAAUGUCAGGGUAAUUGCGAGCGAGCCUUUGGAAAGCAUGUAUGAGCAGUUUAAAGUAUUUGUACCUGGAACAGAUAUCGUCCAAUGUGCUGCCGAAAGCAUACCCCUCCCUGAUGCUAGUGUGGAUGUAGUUGUUGCUGCUCAAAGUUUUCACUGGUUCACAAACCGUGCAGCUUUGGAGGAGAUCCACCGAGUACUGGUUCCAAAUGGGACUUUUGGUGUCCUGUGGAAAGUGUUAGACUCGACCACACCAUGGGCUAAACAUGUUUGUAAUCACUUAGAUGUUUUAGACAGGGAAAAUUCUUUAGUUUUUCCACAUCAUGAAGAGUGGAAAGAAGUUGUUGGCUCGCUUGUAAAGAGUUUAUUCAGUUUUCCACAAGAAUACAUAGGUUUUGAACACAGUUUAGAAAUCAGUUCUUAUGAUCAAGCCUAUCAACAUUUUGCUUCCUAUUCUGUUGUAGCUGGCAACAGUGAAAUUAAAAAGAAGGCUUUUAAAGAGUUUUUCAAUGAGCUCAUGCAAAUGUAUUUUAUAGAAAAAAGUAUCCCAUGUACUAACAUUCCAUUUACAUUAUACAUGUACUGGUUUCACAAAGAAGUUUAAAUUCCAAUAACCCACAAAAGAUUUGCAUAGUUUUGUAUGAGUAGCAUUAUUACAUUAUUAAGUCUCCUAACUAUAUGUUAACAUUAUGAUCUGUUAACAUUAUGAUCUAUAUUAGUUUUGAUCAAAUAUAUCACAAUUAACCCUCAAACUCCCAGAAGUGAUUAACAUGUAACUUCUCCCUUACAUAUCUAUGCUGGAUCCAGCAAACAGGUAGUGAG